GUACAGAAUACUCAGGACAGAACAAACGUGUUCUCUGAUUUCACUUUAACCUGUCACUAUUCUUUUUAAUAAUAAUUAUUAAAAAAAACAUAGUCUUGAUCUUGAUCCAUAACAAUAUCUUCUUCCUUCAUAAAUACAGUUGUUCACUUUCACUCUCUUCUCAAUCUUUUUUCUUCCUGCUCCAUUACCAUCACUCACUCCUCUCACAUUUUCGUUACUCAUUUUAUCAUAAAUUAAAAAAAAUAUGUUCGCAGUUGUUACUUAUUAGGUGGAAAUAACCAAAUCCACCAAAAAAACAUUUACUUAAAAGCCUUUCGAUUCAGUUACUGUGGCAUUAGGGAAGAACAUCUUCUAGUUUAGUAAUGACAGAGGCAGAUUUAGAGCAAGGAGCGGCGUACGGAUAUCACCGGCGAAGUGACGUCAGCAUAUAUUAUUCAGACGGAGAAGAAGAAGAUGUGACGUCAUGCUACUCUUACUUCUAUUCGACUACGACGGGAGGAACGUACGAAUACGAAGGAGGAGAGUCGAGGAAAGUGUCGUCGGUGAUGAGCAGUAGUUCACUGGAGAUGGAUGAUGGUGAUGGUGAAGCGACGGUGCCGCCGGAGAAAGACUGUAGGAUAUGUCACUUAGGGGUGGUGGAAACGAGCGGUGGAGGUGCGAUAGAGUUAGGAUGUUCGUGUAAGGAAGAUUUGGCUGUUGCUCAUAGACAAUGUGCCGAAACUUGGUUCAAAAUCAAAGGCGACAAAAUAUGCGAGAUUUGCCAAUCGGUAGCCCGAAACGUGGGCGGUGCGAACGAAAUGGUAGUGGUUACGGUGGUGGACGAGAGAGAGUUAAGGAACGGUGGAGGCGGCGAGGAAACGGCGGCCUUAGGAGCGAUAGAGAACAGAUGGCAGCCACAGAGACUGGUGAAUAUAGUGUUAGCUUGUAUGGUUUUUGGCUUUUUCAUUUCAUGGCUAUUCCAUUUUCAUGAUUCAUCUUCUUCAUGAAUCACUUUAUAUGCUCUUUGCAGGAACAUUUUAUCAGUUGAGUUUUUGAUUCUUUUUAUAUAUAAACAAAAAACCAUUUAUGUUAA